AUGACCGAGACGCAACCAUCAGAGGAUCUUGUGAAACAAUUAAAAACAAAAGCAGAUCUCCUUCGACUCACUAACGAAGAAACGAGGGAGAUAAUUACUAAAGCCAAGACUAACGAGCUGGAGCGUCAACGGAAAACGCUAAACGAUAAACUACAAGAAGUACAUGAUUUGAAGCUACGCAUUCAAGAAAUCAAGCUUGGCGAGGGAAUUACACCUGAUGAGGUACGAGCAUGGACCGAAGGAAUAAAAUCGAACGACAUUAUACCUAUCGAGAAUGCGAUCUCCGAGUUGGAGACCGUCAUCGAGACUACCAAAAAGAAUGAACUGAGGAAGAAAGAGAACCUAGCCGCUCAAGGCAGAGAUGAACAGUACCAGGAAAAGCUGAAAUACGACAAGGAGAAACUGGAGUUACAGCUAGUUUAUGAAAAGAAAAUAACAGAAGAACGAACGAAAAGAUCGAGCAAGAACGAAUCGCGGAAACCCAAUGUGAGGCUUCAGAAGCUGCAGAUUACAAAGUUCGACGGCACCUACGCAGAUUGGUUACGGUUCUGGAACCAGUUCGAAGCAGAAAUCCAGGCAGCAGAAAUCCCAGCAGUGACAAAGUUCAAUUACCUAAAAGAAUUAGUAACGCCAAAGGUGAGGAUCGCAAUUCAAGGGUUGCCGUGCACAACCGAGGGCUACGAAAGAGCCAGAAAUAUUCUGCAAACAAGGUAUGGGAAAUCUAGCGAGAUAGUAAAUAGUUAUGUGCAAAAUAUCAUGUCCUUGCCUAACAUUCACGGCUGCCAGCCAUCAAAGAUACAUGAGUUUUACGAGAAACUAAUGUGUAAUGUACAGUCCUUAGAAACCCUAGGAAAGCUAAAUGAAGUAAAUGGUUAUGUCAGGGCCACGAUCGACAAACUAGAGGGCAUUAGAGGGGACCUUGUUCGUAUGGACGAUGACUGGCAGGAGUGGAAAUUCCCCGAACUAGUAAAAGCUCUAGAAAAAUGGACGGUGCGCAACCCCAUUAAGCCGUCAAACGAGAAGCAUGCAAUGAAACCCCCUCAGUUUCCCCUCAAGCGUGAGAGGAAUUUUAAUACCAGACAAGAAGACCGUGAAGUAAGAAACCCUAGAGCAUGCGUGUAUUGUGAUGGCGCAGAUCACAGAUCUGUUGAUUGUAAGAAAGUAGAACUAACAGUUGACAGGAAAAAGUUGCUUAGUUCGAAACAGCUAUGCUUCAAUUGCGCUCGGCCUAACCACAAAGCUUCGGAAUGCAAAUCACGCACGGUAUGCCAAAAAUGUAAUCGACGCCACCAUACGAGCAUCUGUGAUAAUCGUGACAAUGAUGGAAUUGACAACUCAAGUGCCUUGUUGACUGCCUCAAGCACAGGGAAUGCGAUGGUAACCUACCCCGUUGUGAUUGUUGACGUCAAUGGUGUGAAAUGUCGCGCGUUACUGGACACUGGGGCGGGUAGUUCUUACGCGUCAUCAGCCCUUAUAGAUCUAAUCAAAGCUAAACCAACGAGAAAAGAAUUCAAGCACAUUGAGAUGAUGUUGGGAUCGGUCAACAAGGUAAUUAGUGUUUACAACAUGUCUAUCAACAAUCUCGAAGGGGACUUUCAAUUACAUAUUGAAGUAACCAAGGUGGACCGUAAGGAGUUGUUGACGUUAAAAAACCCCAAUUACCAAGAGACCUUAGCCAAAUUUCCACAUUUGAGUGAUGUCCAGAUGCAUGACAACGACAAAAAACCGGAACUUCCAGUGCACCUAAUCCUGGGUGCAAGCGAAUAUGCCCGAAUUAAGACCGAGACCAAACCGAAGAUUGGACGUCCCAAUGAGCCGGUAGCCGAGCUUACGAAAUUUGGAUGGACAAUCCUUACCCCCGGCAAAGAAAUCAACCUGACCCCAAUGCUAAUGACGCAAACUGCUUGCCCGGACUACGAGCAGUUGUGUAGACUGGACGUACUUGGACUAGAGGACUCUGCAACGGGCGACCAGAGCAUGGUGUACGAAGAGUUCAAGGAACAACUGGCAAGAAAUCCGGAGGGGUGGUACGAGACUGGCCUCCCUUGGAAGGGAAAUCAUCCCUCACUACCAAACAAUAUGGCGGGCAGUUUGAGUCGACUUGACAACCUAAUACGAAAACUGGAGAAGCAAGAUUCGUUAGAGCAAUAUAAGAUAAUCCAAGAUCAGCUCGAGCAAGGAAUUGUAGAACGUGUGGAUAACGACGCGAAAGGCAAGGAAUUUUACAUUCCUCACAAACCUGUCAUCCGAGAAUCAGCCGAAACGACGAAGAUGCGCGUGGUUUACGACGCUUCAGCACGGGCUAACCCGAAAGUACCAUCACUUAACGAUUGCCUGGAGACCGGACCUCCCUUGCAAAACCUCCUGUGGAAUGUGCUGGUUCGAAACAGAUUUCAUCCAAUCGCAGUGACGGGAGAUCUGAAACAAGCAUUUUUGCAAGUGCGAAUUCGGGAAAACGAUCGUGACGUCUUGCGUUUCCAUUGGCUGAAAGACCUACAAACCAAGGAGAAAGAAGUCCUGAGAUUUACUCGAGCUCUCUUUGGGUUGGCACCUUCCCCAUUCCUGCUUGCUGGCGUGAUCAAGGAACAUUUGCGAGGCCUCAAACCAAAGUAUCCUGACCUAGUGGAAGAGAUGGAGAGAAGUUUGUACGUAGACGACCUCAUCGGCGGAGCAGAUAGCAAACCCAAGGCUCUCGAGUUAAAGCAAGCAGCAAAAGAAGUAUUCGGUGAAGCUGGGUUUCAAUUGCAUAAAUGGCACUCAAACGCCAAGGAAGUCGAGUAUGAAGACACAACAGCGAACGACGACAAUCAGACGUAUGCCAAGCAACAACUUGGAGUAAAACAGGGGGAGACGAAGCUACUUGGUCUUGCUUGGGAUAAAGAUCAAGAUAACAUUCAAGUGAACAUCCCCAACGAUACCGCGAAUUGUACCAAGAGAGGGAUUCUAGGGAAGAUGGCGAGAAUAUACGACCCACUUGGCCUAAUAUCUCCAUUAACCCUAACGGGAAAAACGCUUUACAGGGACGCUUGUGAUCUUCGAAUUGCCUGGGAUGCACCCCUACCGAGUACACUACAGCAAAGAUGGUGGAAGUACGAACAAGUCCUACCAAGCCAAGUCACCGUACCGAGAAGCCUUGCUAAAUCAGAGGAGCCAAUCGAAUCUAUCGAGUUGCAUGCUUUCGGCGAUGCGAGUGGGAUAGGAGUCUCUGCAGCCGUGUACGCGAUCGUACGACAACCGUCCAGUGUCAGCAGUGGUCUCGUCACAGCAAAGUCGCGGCUGGCCAAGAAAGGCUUAACGAUACCGAGACUCGAGCUAGUAUCGGGGCACAUGGCAACUAACCUGGUUCACAAUGUGAAACAGUCCUUAGAAGGAUUUCCAGUCCAGCGAGUUCUGGGAUGGCUAGACAGCACUGUAGCCCUACACUGGAUCCGUGGGAAUGGCGAAUUCAAACAGUUCGUGGGGAACCGUGUCAGAAAAAUCCAGGAGAGGAGCUACAUCGAAUGGCGGCACGUGACGUCAGCGGAUAAUCCUGCCGAUCUUGGCAGCCGAGGUGGUAACGUAAAGCAAUCUGGAAGUCUUUGGUGGAAAGGCCCGGCUGGUUGCUCGAUCAAGAGAAAUGGCCCCCCAACAUCACUACCCGGGAUACCAGUGAGACACAAGCCGAAACAAAAGCGGUGA